AUGAAUCAUGCCAAAUAUCUGGUGCCAAGUCAUUUGACAAUUGGAGGCGUAAUGCAAAUAAUACGUCGCAGAUUGCAACUUCAUCCUGACCAAGCUUUUUACUUGCUUGUCAACGGCAAAUCGGUCUUUUCAAUGUCCCAGACUAUCGGACAGCUUUAUGAUGACGAAAAAGAUGAGGAUGGAUUUCUUUACAUUGUGUAUGCUAGUCAGCCAGCUUUUGGCGGUGAAAGUGCUCGAGAUGAGGAAGAAUAA